AUGAACCGCAUAAACGUUUUGAAGCGCAGAGAAAAUCGGGAAAAUCGACCACUUGCUGCAUCCUCUCCAAGGCCUGGUCCUCCCUACGGAAGGCGAGUACUAGCGGAUGUAAAUGGCAGGAGCCCGGCGCUGAAUAUCAGCUCGAUCCCGAUGAGUGGAGAGGGUAGAGGGCGUCUUCAAUCGGAAGAUGUCCCGAGUAUGGACACCUUCUCCGAGGACACGAUCGACCAUCAGACUCAGGUCCCGACUGGUGACAUCAGCCAUUUUAUUCGCAGCUUGAGGGACAAGAAAAACAAGUACAAACGAAUGGCUCUCGAGGCGAGGAAAGCACUGCAGGAUCUGUCAAACAUUGUGACUGACAAGCUUCCGGUCAUCGACGCCCUCGAGCUCGGCGUAAACAAGAUUCACAACACUGUUGAAGCGACGAAGCGACGCCAGAAUGUCGUCUUCAUCUUUUUGUCGCUUCUGGGGGCAAUUAUUUACGCUAUGUUCUUAGAAUGUAAAGAACUCACUGCGACAACUAACGGCAGUCCAUACGUCUAA